GAGAAAUAGCAACAACAACAGCAAUAGCAACAGCAAUAGCAACAGCAACAACAACAAAAGCAAAGUAGUGGAAAUAAAGUAAAAACUAAGAUAAACGACACUGUGGCAACAAGGAAUUGUGUGGCAGCAACAAGAAAGCGAAUGAAAAUUAAAGAGUCCAAAGGGAAGGCAAGCAGGCAGACAGACAGCAAAACAAAAAGAGUAAACAGAGAGGAAUAAGGUGGGGCGAGAGAGAAAAUAUAUUACCAACGCAGCGAAAGCAAAGCAUAAUCAAUCAAUAGCCAGCAACAAGAAGAAGGCGAGAAGAGCGACAGAAAAGUAAAAAAGCAAAGCACUCGCUGGACAUAAAUAACUGACGAAACUGAGAGAGCGGCAAGGCAAGAGGGAGAAGAAGAGUACCAUAAAAAUAGUGAACGAAAACAACACGCUCGGGUGCUAAAACCCUCACAACACAACCCACAACUCACGCUAUCUCCCUCUCUCUUUCUCUCCCUCUCUCUCCCUGGACAGCGCCCAACACACAGGACGUUAAUGUAAAUUACAUACAAUAAUCUAUAGGGAGAUGACCAAAAAAAGAUGCUCGUUCAGAGCGACAACAACACAACUACCAACUAGUGGCGUUACACGCCAUGUAAGUGUGGCUGGAGCUUUGACUACGAAAGGAGAAGAAAAUUGCAGUGCUGGAAUUAAGCUGGCGACAACUGAUACUGCAAUCACUGCAGGCUACAGCAUGUGGAUAUACGCCAACGACAUGAUGCCAAUUAAAAAUGCGCGUAAAUGUUGCAAAUACAGCACCAACAACAAUAGCGCCACUCCACACACACCCAACGCGGGAGCACACAGCGAGGCAAGCGCGUACAUGUUAAGCCGCUGCGACAACGAUCAAUGCCGAAGUGUAAACGAUAACGGUAAAUCCGAUUACUAUGCGUAUUGUGCACACGGCGCAUUACCGUUAAGUAGUGAAAAUAUUGACAAAGAACAAGCAAACUAUCCGCAGGAUAUAACACCGGUCGUGUCAGGUGCUCUAGAUCAACGAACUGCAAUUGCAGCCGCAACGGAAGAGAGGUGGGAAGAUGAUGCUACAGUGGCGUUGGCGUUAAUCGAACCACAAAACCAACGGCAAGAAGUCAAACUGCAGCGUGACCGAGGAUCUAGGCAAACCAAUGCGUUCAGCUCGACCACCGAUGUGCAGUGUGGAGCUGGGGCUAAGCAGGCAACAACAAAAAAUGUAACAACUCAAAUGUUUACUGCAAUAAAAUUGAAAGAAUCAGCUAAAACAACAACAACAGCAACAAUAAGCCCAAAGAGUUCAAGAAAAAUUGUGCAAUCCUCAUUUGAGUGUGCAAAGUUUGUGAUUCCAACAAAAGUGGCAACUUCUAAGGCACCUACAAACACCUACAUACCUGCAAAAGCUACCACAACUACAACAACAGCAGUAACAACAACACCACCCACAUCAUCCACUUCAUGGUCAACAGUUGCCGAGCAAAUACUGGUCGCUGUUGUUGAGCAGCUCUGCUGUCGUUCUUCAAACUCUACUGCCAAUCGAAGCACUUAUAUCAUCCGCAACAGCAGCAACAACAACACUACCAAAAAUAACAACAACAGCAACAGCAACAAUAAAACUAAUACAUCCACUUUCGUUUGGUUGCUACCCACACUCUGCCUGUUGGCUGCAUUUGGUUGCGGUCAAGCCGGCUUCGCUUGCCUGAGUAAUCCUUGCGUUUUCGGGGUCUGCAUCGAUGGUUUGAAUAGCAGCUCAUAUUCGUGCUACUGCAUCGAUGGCUAUACGGGAAUUCAGUGCCAAACAAAUUGGGAUGAAUGCUGGUCGGGUCCAUGCCAAAAUGGUGGUACUUGUAUAGAUGGCGUCGCCUAUUAUAACUGUACGUGUCCGGAUGGUUUUACUGGAAUCAAUUGCGAGGAAAAUGUGGAUGAGUGCAUGUCCAAUCCGUGUCAAAAUGGUGGACAUUGUCGUGAUCGGAACAAUGGCUAUACCUGCACCUGUCAGCCGGGCUACCUGGGCAUCAAUUGUGAAGUUGAUGUGGCCGUUUGUGAGACGGGCACCGGCGCACGCUGUCAGAAUGGUGGCGAAUGCAUUGAGGGGCCCGGGCUGGAGUUUUCUUGUGAAUGCACUGCUGGCUGGCAUGGACGCAUCUGUCAGGAGGAGAUCAACGAGUGCGAAUCGGCGCCAUGUCAAAAUGGCGGUGUAUGUGUGGAUAAACUGGCAUCGUAUGUAUGCGCCUGCCCCAUGGGCUAUACGGGGAACAAUUGCGAGGAGGAGAUACUCAUUUGUGCGGACAAUCCAUGUCAGAACAAUGCGUUAUGUCUGAUGGAGGAGGGCAUACCGACCUGCUAUUGUGUGCCGGACUAUCAUGGCGAGAAGUGCGAAUAUCAGUAUGACGAGUGUCAGUUGGGGCCGCGUUGUAUGAAUGGUGGCGUUUGUAUUGAUGGUGUUGACACGUUUUCCUGCUCGUGUCCACCACUAUUAACGGGCAUGUUGUGCGAGUGUUUGAUGAUUGGCGAAGAUUCGUUGGAUUGCAAUUAUACAGUGAGCAUAUCGACAAUGCCACCGACAACAAUCAUAAGGCCAAUGACACCGACUGCGGGUGUGUUAAUAACGACGACGCCAACGGAAGCGACAACACCACAUGUGUCUGCAGCUGCUGGGGUGACUACAACGACACCAACGACGGGUGUGGCGGGAGCAGGUGCUUCUACUUCUGUAGAGACCGAAGAGAUGGAAGAAGGGGCAGGCGGUAGUGUGGCUGCGGAGAAGCCGAAACCACCAACGGAGACAGCAACUACAGCAAGCAGCGCUGCAACCACUUCGGAGGAAGAGGGCGAAGAGCAAAAACCACACACCACAGAGUCGUCACAUUCGUACACAAUCGAGUCGGGUAGCAGCGUGGAAUCGUCGUACUCCUCCGAAGGCAGCGCCUCAGUUGAGGUUGGAGCAUCCGGAGAGGAUACCACCGUAGCAUCGCACGUGGAUGUGAGUGGCGGUGAUGCAGGCGCACCACCUACUACAGCCAAAACGACCGCCAGCGGCGCUGAUUCAGACUACACACCCGACUCUUCGGCUGUUUCGAAAAGUGUUGAAUCCGAAGAACGCCCACCAGCCGUAACAUAUUCUACGCGUCCGCCAUUCAAACAUUAUGUUACUACCAUUGAAACUACCUUCACCAUUGAUUACUCCACCGCUAGACCCACCUAUCGACCCACACCAGCGAUACUCUUUCCCAGCUCUACGGUACAUAUACUGCCCGAUUUCGCGGGAAAACAUUUGCCCACAGAGUAUCCUGAAUAUCCAGAUCACGAUGUAACCACACCGCACCGCAUUUGGACGGACAAGAGUGUGCCCACGACAGCAGCGCCUUUCUUCACCGAAUACCCCGACUUGGCAGUAACCACACGUUACAAAGAUUUCACAAGCAAAGACUUGAGUAUGGGGACUACAGGGCGACCCGUCAUCUACCCAUCUGCAUCACCGACAACGGCUAUCGUACGUGUGGGCAGUACAUUAGUGCCACAAAUUGGUGGUGCCGAGACUGUGACACCGACACCGACAGGUGUGACCGCUGAACGGCCAGUGCAUCAUCAUUAUCACCAUCACCAUCAUCAUACAACACAUGCACCACCCGUCAGCGGUGGCGGCGUUGAGGUAGAAGCAACCCCACCAUCACAAACCACACAGACGCACAUUUAUCCGCAUGUCGAGCACACCACACAUCGUGAACAAUACGCAGGCGUGCCAACAACUGGUGCUGCAGCCCCACCGGCUGGUGAGGUUACCACUACACAACCGCUAUACACCGAAGAUUUGGCUUCACAUAUCACCACUCCACGCCCAGUGGCAAUACCCACAAUAACACAAGUGGUGUCUGAGGAGUCAGCAGAGUCUGCGGAAACUACACAGCCUCCACCACAACCCACCAUACCACCGACAUCGCCACCCACGCUACCACCAACAACGCCCGCCGCGUUACCGAUAACAACGUUGCCACCACCGACAUCGCCACCCACAACCGCCGCGGUGCCCACAGUGGCGGUCACUUAUCCUCCACCCACAGAACCAGCGCCUGCUCCGGGCACAAUCGCGCCCUCUUACACCACGUUGCCACCAUCACCACCCGGGACGCCAGCACCAACCACACCCUCUAUACCAGUCUACAGCACUUAUGCGCCAAUAAGUGGUAAGCCCGUAACCACGACAAUGGCCAGCAGCGAAGAGGUUGAGAGCGCCAAUACGGUAGGCACGGGCGGCGAAACAGGUAUUGCUCGCGGUGGCGCGACGCCUGUCGGUGGCAUUGAUAACACCACUGAAGUUGAUUGCAUCAAAAUGGGCUGCUAUAAUGGUGGCACUUGUGUCACAACCUCCGAGGGUUCACGGUGCGUCUGCCGCUUUGACCGCCAAGGUGCACUGUGCGAGUUACCCAUCAUCAUCAAGAAUGCGGCCUUCUCCGGCGAUUCAUAUGUCUCGCACCGCAUCCACAAGGACAUACCACAUCAUGAGUCAUUGGAUUCGGUGCUGCCGAUGCAUGUACAAUUGAAGGUGCGCACACGCGCCACAAACGGUCUGAUAAUGCUGGCCGCCGCCCAGGGCACCAAAGGCGGUCACUACAUGGCAUUGUUCCUGCAGAAGGGUCUCUUACAAUUCCAAUUUUCAUGCGGUUUACAAACAAUGUUGUUGAGCGAGCUGGAGACACCGGUGAAUACGGGCAAUGAGAUAACCAUAAGAGCAGAAUUGGAUUUCAGUCGCAAUUAUACCCAUUGCAAUGCCUCCCUGCUGGUCAACGACACACUGGCUAUGUCUGGCGAUCAGCCGACUUGGUUGAAAUUGUUGCCGCCUCGCAUGCACACACCGGAGGUCAUAUUGAACACCUGGUUGCAUUUGGGUGGCGCUCCACAGGCGCCGAUUGGACUUAUCAUCGAAUUACCGCCGGCACAGAGUGGCACGGGUUUCACAGGUUGUUUGCAUUCGCUGCGGAUCAAUGAGGAGACACGUGAGAUAUUUGGUGAUGCUUUGGACGGCUUUGGCAUUACGGAAUGCGGCUCUCUUGCCUGCUUAUCGAGUCCAUGUCGCAACGGCGCUGCUUGCAUCAAAAUCGAAUCCAACGAAGUAGAUGAAAAUGGUGAAAAAGCUGAGAAAUGGAAAUGCAAGUGUCCAACCGGCUAUAUGGGUCCAACCUGCGAGAUAUCGGUAUGUGAGGACAAUCCUUGUCAGUAUGGUGGCACUUGUGUACAAUUCCCCGGCAGCGGUUACCUCUGUCUAUGUCCACUGGGCAAACAUGGCCACUAUUGCGAACACAAUUUUCCUGCCCAUACAAUUUCCCCUGCUACAAUUAAAAAUCUUACAGAUCUCGAGGUCGCUUUGCCAUCAUUCUCGGGCAGCGUUAAUGGUCUCUCAUCGUUUGUCGCCUACACCGUGCCCAUACCGCUGGAAUACUCAAUCGAGCUGAGCUUCAAGAUACUGCCACAGACAAUGUCGCAAAUAUCGUUGCUCGCUUUCUUAGGUCAAUCAGGCUAUCACGACGAGAAGAGCGAUCAUUUGGCUAUCAGCUUCAUACAGGGUUACAUUAUGCUCACAUGGAAUUUGGGUGGCGGACCGCGACGCAUCUUCACACAGAAGCCCAUCGAUUUCCGGCUGGAUGCACCACGUGUACCAUACGAAAUCAAAGUUGGACGUAUAGGUCGGCAGGCUUGGCUCUCCGUGGAUGGUAAAUUCAAUAUUACAGGUCGCUCUCCGGGCAGUGUUAGUCGGAUGGAUGUUAUGCCUAUACUGUACUUGGGUGGACAUGAAAUUGCGAACUUCAACACGCUGCCACAUGAUCUGCCGCUGCAUUCAGGCUUCCAGGGUUGCAUCUACGAUGUGAACUUGAAGGCAGGUCAGGUAACGGUGCCGCUGCAGGAGACGCGUGGUGUACGCGGACGUGGUGUUGGACAGUGCGGCACCCGCGAAUGUCACCGGCAUGCAUGUCAACAUGACGGAGCUUGCUUACAACAUGGCGCUACUUUCACCUGCAUCUGCCAAGAAGGCUGGUAUGGACCACUGUGCGCUCAACCCAUCAAUCCAUGUGACUCCUUCAACAACAAAUGUGCGGAAGGCUCGACGUGCGUGCCGCUCGUGAAUGGCUACGAAUGUGACUGUCCAGUAGGCAGAACUGGCAAAAAUUGUGACGAAGAUAUACGCUCCCUGAGUGACGUCUCACUAACUGGACGACGCUCUUACUUAUCGGUGCGUUGGCCCUAUCUUUACGAUAGCGCCGAUAAAAUAGGCUCGAAGCGUUCACAGAUCAUUAGCUAUCGUAACUUUACCAAGAAACUGAUGCCACCAAAGCCAAUCGCCUCCACGAAUCAACAUUUUGUCAUGAAAUUACUCAACGAAGUUGAAAAACAACGCAACUUCUCUCCAGUGCCUCUAAUGGGUUCGAAAACUUUCGAGGAGCAUCAUCGCGUGCAAUUCUUCUUCAUUGAAUUCCAAUUGCGUCCACUCUCCGAACGUGGUCUCCUACUCUACUUCGGCACAUUGAAUAACAAUCAAGAUAAGAAGGUCGGUUUCGUCUCACUCUCACUACAAGGCGGUGUGGUGGAGUUCCGCAUAUCGGGCCCCAGCAGUCAUGUGACGGUCGUGCGUAGCGUACGUAUGCUUGCUAUCGGUGAAUGGCAUAAGAUUAAAAUGGCUCAACGCGGUCGCUGGCUAACACUUUGGGUUGAGGGUAGCGCAUCAUCAGCGCUCGCGCCUUCUGCGGAGGUGCUUGUCGAACCUGAUGCUUUGCUAUAUAUUGGUGGUCUCAAAGAUUUGUCGAAACUACCACACAAUGCCAUCUCUGGUUUUCCCAUACCAUUCCGUGGUUGCGUACGUGGUCUGGUGGUGAGCGGUACACGUAUUGUAUUGAACGAAACAAAUAUUAUUGAUUCACGCAAUAUACGCGACUGUGAUGGCACUGCUUGUGGUGGUGACUCCUGUGAAGCGGGUGGCCAUUGUUGGCUCGACGAGAAGCUGCAACCGCACUGCAUAUGUCCCGAAUAUGCGAAGGGCGAUCGUUGUGAAUAUUCGGAGAGCUGCAAGCUGAUACCAUGCAAGAAUAAUGGUCGUUGUCUGCGCAGCGGACGUUGCUCGUGUCCGAAUGGCUGGGGUGGAUUUUACUGUGAAAUAGCAAUGAGUAAGCCCACAACGCCAAGCUUCCGUGGCAACAGUUACCUGAUCUUACCGCCACCCCGCAUACCGAUGAAAGACAAACGACGCGGUCCAUCUAUGUACGUCCGACCACGUGAAGCCAUGCAAGUUUCGCUGAACUUCUCCUCCAUCGAACCAGAUGGCCUGCUGUUGUGGAGCGAGCAUGAUCAUAAUAAGUUUUUGGGUUUAGGUUUGGAAAAUGGUCACCUGAAAAUGGCUAGCAAUUUGUUAGAUUCAAAUAAUGAUACAGUGGAAAUGCCAUCGACUGGUUUCAUAGCGGAUGGUAGUUGGCAUUUGGCCAAGAUUAUAAUGGAUCGUAACCGUUUGGAAUUGCAGUUGGAUGGUGAAGUGAUAUUCUCGGAAAAGUUGUUGGAUACAGUGGCGUUGUCCACAACGGAACGCGCGCUAUUAACGACGAGACGUUCGUUUGCAGCACGACGCGGUAAGGAGCCAUCAAUCACCUAUGAGGAUGUGUUCUAUUUAGGUGGCUUCCCCAAUCAAGAGCUGGUAAGCGUGCGUACGCUUGGUCGUUUCAACGAACCAUUCAAAGGCUGUCUACAAGAUAUACAAUUCGGAGCCGAACCAAAUGCCGUUAUAACCGAUUUUUCAUCAUAUAAAGGAGAGAACAUUGGUUCGUGUGAUUUACAUGGAGAUGAACCGAUGGUUGUAUAGGAAGUAGCGCGAAUGGAGAAUACAAGUUUUAAAGACGUAGAGUAAAA